CCGAUAAGGGUUCAUCCACUCACGUCAAACCACGAAAAAACCUGCUGGUGCUUGCGAAUUCGCAUUUGGUGGCAUAAUUUUUGCUGGCUGGCUCCUUUUUGUCGUGAAAUCCCGUUUUUAACCAACCCGUAAGUGCAGACACUGCCAACGCGCACACGAUGAGUAACCGUGGCGGAAAGAACCGUGGCCGCAACAACUGGAACCAGGGCGGUGGCGGCCGCAAGUUUUACGAAGCGACUGGGAACAACUACUCGGAGCAUGACGAUCGGACGGAGCGGGAUCGGGGCGACCGGAAGGUGACCGAUGUGAAGCGCCGGGUGAGCUUCAAGCCGUUCAACGGUGGCCGGAAGGGGGGGAUUAAGAUCUCGGACAUGCAGAUUCGGGCCCACCUGGAGGACGAUGAGGCGAUGGGCGGGGGUGGGGGAGGUGGCGACUAUGAUGGGGAUCGUCGGAACUUUAAGGGGGGAAGGGGGUUUAAUCGGCACGGUGGACGGGGUGGGCGGAAGUCUCCGCCGUUGCAGCGAGGUUAUCCGAAGAAGCCGAGACUGGUGAACGGUCCGACCAGCUGGUUCGAGGUGAAGAUUCCGUACGGGCACAAGUACGAGAAGGAUUUUAUUCUGCGGUCGUUGCUGCAAGCGAUUCAGCCGCAGCUGUUUAUUCCGCACUACUGGAAGGUCGAGGACACGGCGGUCAGCUUUUACAUCGAGGAUUUUACGGCGGCGGAAACGCUGCAGCGGAUGGACCGCACCAUCGGGCUGCCCGACGGGCGGAAGAUGAUUGUGAUCGUGCGGAACGGAUCGCCCCAGUGUACGGUGAACGAGCAGCUGAAGGAGCGCAUGAAGCUGGCCAUGGUCAAGCGGUACAACCCGGCGACGAAGGCGCUCAACCUGGAGAAGUUCCACGCCGAUCCGGACCUGGCCGACAUUCACUGUGCGCUGACCCGGCCGCAGAUCAUGAUGGCCGCGUUCGACGUCAUCAAGGAGAACAUCCCGGACCUGGAGGCGCUCAACCUGAACGACAACAAGCUGCACAUGCUGGACCACUUUAAGCUGCUGGACAAGAAGGCGCCCAACCUGAAGAUCCUCUACAUGGCCAACAAUAAGAUCCCGUACGUCACCGCCCUGGACAGCCUGAAGAACCUGGCCCUCGUCGAGAUCAACCUGGAGGGGAACCAGCUCAAGGAACGCAUCAAGGACCCAACCGUCUACGUCAGCGAGGUUCGCAAACGGCUACCGAAGGUGAUCAAACUGGACAACAUGGACCUCCCCCCACCGAUCGGGUUCGACGUCGAGGACGACGACAACAAACUCCCCCCGGCCAAGGCGUCCUUCCUGUGCGACGCGGCCGGUGCCGACAUUGUGCGCCAGUUUCUCGAGCAGUACUUUAUCAUCUACGACUCGGACAAUCGGCAGCCGCUGCUCGAGGCGUACCACGAGCACGCGAUGAUCUCGCUGACGGUCGUCAACAGUCCAGCGCAGACGAGCCAGCAGCGGUUGCAGGCGUACCUGACGUACAAUAGGAACAUUUCCAUAAAGCGGGACUUGGAGACGCGCUGUCGGUACUUGAAGAUGGGACGGCUGCCGGUGGUGUCGUUCCUGUCGGAGCUGCCGAAUACCAAGCACGAUCCGCAGUCGUUUGUGGUGGAUUUGACGCUGUUUACGCCCCAACUUCUCCUCCUGACCGUAACGGGGGUGUUCAAGGAGCGCAAGCCGGCCGUCAUCAACGAGCCGUACCGGUCGUUCCAGCGCUCGCUCGUCAUCGUGCCGGGCGCCACCGGCGGCUUCUGCAUCCGCAACGAGGUCAUUCACAUCAACAACACGACCCGGUUGCAGGACGAAAAAGCCUUCAAAGAUCCCGUCUCGAGCCAAGGAUUCCAACCAUCGGCGGCAGCAUCGACUUCAGCGGCAGUACCAGCGGUGGCAGCACCCAUCGCAGCGGCGGUUCCGGUGCUACCCGGCGGCGCCCCGGACGACAACACCAAACUGCAGAUGGUGCAAGCGAUGGCCACCCAGAGCAACAUGAACCUGGAGUGGAGCCGCAAGUGUCUGGAGGAGACGAACUGGGACUACGAGCGGGCGGCGUUUGCGUUUUCCGAGCUGCACAAACAGAACCGGAUACCGCCGGAGGCGUUCGUGAAGCCCUGAAGUGUGGUGGCAGGAUCUUUAUAAAUUUACUCUAGUUUUAAGGUUGGCAGUUUUUAUUUUGGGAGAAGAGAUUCAACCCUUGGGGGAGGUAUUUCUACUUAACAAAAAAAUAGAAUAGAAUUUUUGACUGUUAUGGAAUGCUGAUAAAUUUGGGCGAGUUUUCAUUUGUGUCAAUUCCUUGUAAAGUGUAACACUUUGUUGUCUCCAUCAAGCGUUAAUUCUCUUCUCCUGAAAGCUGUCCCUAUUUUUUUGUUUUAGUUUUAAAUUCUCAGAGUGUAAAUCAUGAUUAACAUAGAAAAGCAAACAAGCAAGCAAGGCAGUGUCUCAGGACGACGCCGUCGUCGUGACAAAAAAAAGUAUGAAAUACUUUCUGGAAAGUGAAACCCAAUAAAAUAAGCAAUUCUAAUUGUACAAAGCUAAUGCAAAA